AUGGCCAAUCUAGCACCACUUCCUUUGCCAAAUGGCAUCACUCAACGCCACAUCGACCUGACCAGCGUGGCCACCUGCGGUCUGAAAGUCUUCGUCCUUGAGGCUGGUGACCCCAAAAGUCCGUUGAUUCUCCUCUUCCACGGCUAUCCAGAGCUGGCGUAUACAUGGCGCAAGGUCAUCCUCCCUCUCGCUUCCAAGGGCUACCACGUCGUCGCCCCAGAUACCCGCGGCUACGGACGGACCACAGGAUGGGACACAAGCAGCUAUGCGCACACAAACCUGUCGCAGUUCACCCAAACCCAGCUGGUCCUGGACAACAUCGCCCUGCUGAGAGCACUGGGCCACGAGACGGCUGCGUGCGUGGUGGGCCACGACUUUGGAGCGAGCGCAGCGGGUGUGUGUGCGCUCACACGGCCGGACCUGUUCAAGGCGGCCGUCUUCAUGGGCCACGUGCCACCAGGGCCGGCAGCACUUCCCGCGCUUGGUCUGGCGUCUGAGUCUGAAGGCCCGAAGGAGGGAGUAAAGCUGGCCAGGGAUCCAGACAUCCUCACGAGCCUUGCUCAGAGGAAUCCGCCACUGAAGCAUUAUCAAUGGUACAACAGCACCCCCUCAGCCGCGCAUGACUGGGAGAACCCGCCGCAGGGACUCAGGGCAUUCCUCCGUGGUUACGUGCACCUUAAAAGCAACGCAUGGAACGGCCAUGGUGAUAUAGGCCGUCUGACUGGAUGGACUGCUGAUCAGCUCGCGCGUAUGCCGGAGUACUACAUCAUGCCAAUCAGCUCCACGAUGCCCGGCAUAGUCGAGCAGAACAUGGGCACAGAGGACGACAGCCUGACAAAGGCCUUCGUGACGGAUGAAGAGCUAGAUGUGUAUGUCUCAGAGUUCGAGCGGACAGGCUUCCAGGGCAUGCUUAAUUGGUAUCGGAGCUCGACUAACCCACAUCUGGACUCUGCCAUGGCCGUCUUUGCGGGCCGGAAAUUUGAGGUGCCCACGACUUAUAUCAGCGGUGCUGCAGAUUGGGGGAAUUAUCAGCGCCCCGGUGCGCUUGAGGGCUUUGAGACGGGGAGGACGGCGAGUGAUUAUAGAGGCACAAAAAUAUUUGACGGUGCUGGACAUUGGCCGCAGACUGAGAUCCCGGAGUUGGUUUGCAAGGAGGUUGUGAAAUUUCUUGGAGGCAAGUGA